ACACUGAAUCCGCUCGAGAAAGUGGGUGGGCUGUAAUCGGCCAAUGAAAACUCUUGUUGUAUUUCAUCAAACAUGUCAUUCAAAUUGUUCAAUCUUCUCAUUCAAUUGUGUCGUCACACAACGCAAUACUAUAUCGGGUAAAGCGUUCUAAUUCAAAGGUGAAUUGCGAUAAUGGAAAUAUAACGCUUAACAACGUUAGACUGCCACCCCCAAGCUAUUGAAUGUAAUUUUCAGAAUAGCCUAAUUUUGCUGCUUGUGUUGCAGCUCCUAUCCUAGAACUGUGACCCUUGUAUUGGGUAGGAUCAAUUAUAUUGCACAUUUUGAGUACGUGAAUAAUUGCAGUGAUAUGGGAAGAAAUUGUGGAUGGACUGAGAUUUUGCAAAUGAAAAACAAAUGUUGUUCAGGCUAUACAUGGGACAGCGCACGCCAGAUUUGUACAAAAUGCCGUGUGGGUUAUUUUGGAUUGUACUGUAACGAGUCCUGUCCUUUUCCAUACUACGGAGAAAAUUGUAGAAGUCGAUGUCACUGUGAAAAACACUUGUGUAGCUUUUCAUCAGGCUGUAAUGUUUCAGAAAGUACGUUCAUGUACGAUGCCGUUACCAUUUUCCCUUCAUCAUCGUCAAGAUUCAAUGAUCAACCCAAUCACAAUUUGUCUUCAUCAAAUCAGAACCUUAAGUCUGAAAACAUUACAGUGUUGUCAUCUACAGAAAAGAAAAUAACGUUACCUCUUCACAUUUUUAUUCUUAUCACUUCGCUUUCCAGCCUCGCUGUAAUAAUCUUGAUCAUUUCCAUCAUAGCAUUAAACAUUUUUAUUUACAAACGAGCAGUUAGAAGAAAUUUUUCUUUCUCCAAUGUAAAUGCUCAAACACCUUUACGGAGAGAAUCAAAUGACAACGUUGAUAAUAUUUUUAGUGGAAGCGGUAAAAUAUCAAUAUCUCGUUGCAAAGAUAGCAAUGCAUUUUUUCUGAAAAUCCAUACAACUGAAGAGGAGGGACAAGGGGGACACCGUUAUUUAGAAACUAACGAGGUAACCCGUGAGCAGGGUCUGAAAUUGUACGAGUCAAUAGAGGAUCAUGUCGAAUUGCCUCUGUGUACCUUAAACCCCCAAGAACGAAAGGGGUUGUUUUAUACAACUUCAAGUCCAGUGUCAGAAAGUAACAGUGAAUGCAGCACCCAUGUGAAAGUACCGUCAGGAAAUGACACAUCAACAGAAAGACAAGAACAAACGAUGUCUGGUGAAAACGUUUACUUAACAUGUGUAUGAAAAUAAACUUACCGUUUUUUGUA